AUGGUUUUUCAGACCGAAUGGUCUCGAUUAAUUCGUUUUGUAGGUGAAGAUGAUAAAGUAUACUCUGGUCAACCUAUUGUUGAUUUGAAUGGAUCAUUACCACCUAUUUCAGAAUUAAAAGCAAACAUAAUUCAAGGAGACGUCCUUACUGAAGAAAGAAUAAAUAUUACAGAUAAAAUAAUCAAAGUCAAGAAGUUAUUGACACCAUUAGCACCAUCAAAAAUUCCGAUAAUUCGAUGUAUUGGGUUGAAUUAUAAAGAACAUGCAAAAGAAACAUCGCAACCUAUACCAAAAUUUCCAAUAUUAUUUAUAAAACCAUCAACUAGUUUACAGAAUCCUUUUGAUAAAAUUCAAGUACCUACUAUAGCUACUAAUAAUCAAGUUGAUUUUGAAGCCGAAUUAGCUGUAAUAAUUGGUAAAAACUGUAAGAAUGUUGAUAGAGAUGAUGCUUUACAAUAUGUCUUGGGGUAUACUGUAGGUAAUGAUGUUUCCGCUAGAAAAUGGCAAGGAAAAAAUCUUGGAUCUGGUCAAUGGUGUUUUUCAAAAGGAUUUGAUACAUUUUGUCCAAUUGGACCACAAUUAGUUUCUCCAUCAAUUAUAAAAAAUCCAAAUUCAUUAAGAAUAAGUACGAGACUUAAUGAUAACCAAUUAUUACAAAAUUCAAAUACAUCUGAUAUGAUCUUUAAUGUGGCCGAAUUAAUUAGUUUCUUAAGUCAGGGUACGACAUUGCAAGCUGGCGUUGGAUUUACUAGAAAACCUCCAAUUUACCUUCAACAUAAUGAUAAAAUUGAAGUAGAAAUUGAUCAAAUAGGAACUUUAACUAAUAUAAUUGAAUAUGAAAAUCAAUUAAGUAAUUCUAAAUUAUAG